AUGGGGCUUUUAAACAGCCGCAACCUGAGAUGCGGUGAUUCCAGCUUGGCUGAGCCAGCACAGCCAGAAGACAACGCAGGUCCCAGUUAUAUCUCUGGCAGUCGCAAGCACAAAUGGAGCAUUUGGGACUGUGUAGCAUCAACCCCUAACAUCCACGGAUCUCGGAACCAGGCAGUCAACCUACAGCAAGUUUUUGGCAUUGUCUACAGGAAAAAACCGAAGCUAUCAUCUAAGUAUGCUUACCAAACUUUAUUUUUGGACGGGAAGGAUAGCGACGUUAGAAUCCAUGCACUUGGAAGAAUAUGGUCUCUACACAAAGUAUUUUUAUGUCAGUCAGGCUUCUUCGCUAAGAUGCUAAAAAAUACUUGGAAAGAAUCCCACAGUCAUGUUGUCGACCUGGAGAUUAAGAACGAGGAUAUAGAUGUCAGCUCCUUGCACUUUGUGUUUGGGUCAUUGUACAGGGAGGAGGACUUGCCAAUAAUACCCCGUCGAGUUCUUCACGUUUUGGCUGCAGCAUGCCUGCUUCAGGUGGAGCACAUCAUCCGGCAAUGUAAUGAGACCAUGAACAACAGCAUCACUAGGGAAACCGUGUGCUCAUACUACACAGCAGCAGAAACUUAUGGACUGAAAUCUGUAAAGACACGCUGCUUUGACUGGCUUCUCUGCAACUUGAUGACCCACCCAAAUGUUGAACUUUACAAGGAAAUUGAUAUAAAGCUCAUGUAUCUCCUUAUUUCUUCAGCUGAUUUACUAGUUAUGUGAAAGGAAAUGGACAUCUACACCACCCUGAAAGAGUGGAUGUUCCUUUGUCUUAAUCCUUCCUGGAAAGGCCCAGAGAAGCAGAUUUUAACUAAUGCCAACAGCUGGCUUUCCAAGCACGUGGAAUGCAUUGAUGACAUCAGUUUUCUUGAAAGUGAAGAAGGACUCAUAUUUCAACCGGUUUUUAAAAAACUGAGGUUUCAACAUAUCAUCUGUGAUCUGAGUGACACAGCUACUCUUGAACGAGAUCGUCUAAUACCUUUAGAAUGGUUGGCACCCAUUUAUAAACAGCAAUGGCUGGCUUUGCUUCAAGAACAAGAACACAGGGAAAUAGGGCCACGAAUCAUCAGUGAAGAACUCGAAGACUGCGGCAUGAGAUGUGGUACAGUGAUUAGCAGAGAUGGUGAUUACUCCUGGAAGUGGUCAGCUUUUAGGUUUAGUUUCCCUAUAAGCAUCACCUUUACCAACCAUAGCAUCAUUUUCAGGCAAAGUCCUCAGUGGCGUGAUGGUUGUUGUUUAAAACAUAUACGAAACGUAGUGUUCAAAAUAACUUUGGUGUGUUUUGAUUCCAACGGGAAAGUAACAUUCAGUAAAACAACUGGUCAAAAAAUUGUUACCUUCGAACAAAACGAGGAACAAAUUGUAAUGAAGUUAGAUGGCAUAGUUUUAAGCUUUCCUUUAUAUAUAUUCUUCAAUUUCCUGUUUCUAUCAUUAGGAAACAAGGAACACGUGUGA